CCGCUCUCAGCCCGAGCGCAGAAAAUCCGUCGUGAUUUUAUUAUUUAUUUAAUUUAUUUAUUUAUUUAUCGACUCGGGAGCGGGUCCGCUGCAGCGGGAGAGAAUUCGGGUGAUUUAUAAGAGGCGAAUACAAUCGGAAAAUAUGGGAUUUUAUCGGUAAAGGUUAUAUGGCGGAGUGAGGAGGGUAGAGAUGAAGGUGGUGCGGCGGAGAGACUCCAACAGCCCAUUCUCUGAAAACUCAGACAAUGACUGUGAGGAUGAGAUGGCUGCAGGGUGUAGGAAGGGUGAUGGAGUGUGUUCGUGUGAGAAGGGACCCUACUGCAAGCAGCAUCCGCAAACGGAGAGCGGGCUGAAGUGCAGCGACUGUGGUAAAAACAGGGCAAUAGUCACCAGAUACUCUGAAGGCUACGGUACAGAGGAGGAGUGUGUGCAGUCUGAUCCUCAAGGAGAGAGUGAUGCAGAUGCAGAUAUAGAGGAUACAGACAGCAGACUACAGGUGGCGGGCUCACUUCAGCGAAUCAGCUCUCGGAAGCGGAAGCGUCAGCGAAUCGCGCGGCAGGACACAACAGAGAGCGAGGACGACGGAGGGAGGAGCUACCGAACCCACCGGUGGAGCCUGAGGCUGAGUCCCCAUCGCACACAUAACAGAACCAUUCUAGAGGAGAGUGUAUCUCAGGUAAGGCCGCUGGUGAUUUGUCGCUGCAGCGCUUCAGAUCCCCCCGCCGACCGGGAAACCAAACCCGACCGAGGGAAGUGGUGGCAGAAACCCUGGCCUUUCUCUCUCUCUUUUCCUCUCUUCUUCCUCCUCUUCAUCCUCCUCCCUGUCUCCUUAUCCAUCAUCAUCCUCUUCUUCUCAUUCCUCCUCCCGCUUACAAACACCUGACACAAUCAUGCCUCACGCCAUCCUUUAGAUUAUUUCGGUUAUUAUAUAUUUACGUAUUUAUUUAUGUAUUUAUUAUUUAUUUAUCUGUGUGUUUGGUGUUCACUGUGUUAUUAGAGAGUACUGCACUAAAACAUGUUCUGUUUAGAAGAUCAUCUAAAUCAGCGGUUCCUAACAUCAAGAACUAUAGUUAGUGAACCUAACUGAAGCUCAGUGAUUACCUGUUCCAGCAGGAAAAUAGCCAGAUCUCAUGUUUCCAUGGCUACAGCACACUGUGCACUGUUUGCAUGCCGUUGUGUUCUAUACCUGGCAACCCAGGUGUGGAAGUGGAAAUGGUAAUGAAGGAUUCGGAGGCUACGUCCCACACAGAUUACCGAUUCCCGUGACGUAAAAAAAACACACAGUUCUAAUAAGAAAAUACUGGCUAUAGCUUUAAAUGAAGCUAUGGUUUAACUGAUGAUUCAUCCGGAUCAUUUUAUUAUCAUGUCACCUUCAAUUUUCUAUCUGACAUUCAAAAGAAUGUUUUUCUUUCCAUAAUUCUGUAGAUGAUGGGGUAUUGCAACAUACAUUUUAUAUACGCUGCUCAAAAAAUUAAAGGGAACACUGAAAUAACACAAACUAGAUCUAAAUAAAUGAAACAUUCUCAUUGAAUACUUUGUUCUGUAGAAAGUUGACAAUGUGCUGAAAACAAAACUAUACAAAAAUCAUCAAUGGAAAUCAAAUGUAUUAACCAAUGGAGGCCUGGAUUUGGAGUCUGGCAAAAUAGUAGCUAUUUUACUGUUUAAAACACUAUAGCAAAUGCGAAAUAUGAUAUUCGGCGAGCAGUGAUGCCCUUUAUUAGUCAUCCUGUUAGUAGUGCCAGCACCAUUGACAGGUGGCUGUAUAACGCGUGACGUGAGUCACACACAAAUUUAAAAAAGUGGAAAAACUACUACUAAUGUCCUUAAAAACAAGUUAAAACAAAUAAAUGUCCUGCAUUAGGAGGAACCCAGGGCCCACUGCAACAGCACAAGGUCUCAGAAUGGGCUAUGAAGACAAGCCCCACUUGUGGACGCCGGGCCCUCAUACCACCCUCAUGGAGUCGGUUUCUAACCGUUUGUACAUUAACACAUGCACAUUAGUGUGCACAUAAAUUUGAUUUACUUGUUAUAUUGUGUUCUUUAAUUGUUCCCUUUGUUUUUUUGAGCAGUGUACUGAAAAAAAAGGUAAAGGGCAAAGUUAAAGAAUGGUUAAGAAUCUCUGAUCUAAAGGCCGUCUGAUUUCUUUGGAUGUAAAACAAAAAUAAAUUAUGUGAUUUUUUAAUGUAUUUAAACUUUAACACCAAGUAAACUUCCUGUUUUGCAGCUGAAAGAUAUGGGCUAUACAAGGCUAGGAUAGUAAGUACUGUUAGCCUAGCGGAGAAGCUAACUGAGUUAUUCAAAAAUUAAAAAAAUCAGUCUUUCUGUGAAACCAUCACACCAGCAUCACUGAUUAAUAAUGCGCUAGUGAAUAUUAUUACGUGUCUUAGUUACUUAGUUAUUUAAACUGUUGUGUCAUAGUUUAAAACUUUGCUCACUAUUUUUAGUAGUGCACUAUUUGACAGCUCUGGAAAAAAAAAAUAAGGAACUCUGAUUUAGCUAUUUAUAGGUUUAUGUUUGAGUAAAAUGAACAUUGUUGUUUUAUUCUAUAAACUACAGACAACAUUUCUCCCAAAUUACAAAUAAAAAUAUUCUCAUUUAGAGCAUUUAUUUACAGUUUUAACUUAAUGCAUCUUGGCAUCAUGUUCUCCUCCACCAGUCUUACACACUGCUUUUGGAUAACUUUAUGCUGCUUUACUCCUGGUGCAAAAAUUCAUGCAGUUCAGUUUGGUGGUUUGAUGGCUUGUGAUCAUCCAUCUUCCUCUUGAUUAUAUUUUAGAGUUUUUCUCUGUUUUCUCAAUUUGAUAAAAUCAAAGAGUGUUUUUUUUAUAUAUAUUUUUUUCCCAGAGCUGUAUGUCAGGGUUGGAUUAAGAAGACUAAUAAAUGAUGCCCUUUAUUGUGAGAGAGGACGCUGUAUUCAUUAUACCUCUUCAGUAUUUUUUGUUGCAUUUUGUCAGUAUUUAGAAUUUAACUCUUAGAAGUUGAAAGGUUUUAUUCUGGAUUUUUAUUUAUUUUUUAAAUUUAAUAUUAUUUUUUGUAAUUGGAUGAUGUUUUCGUACUUAAUGGAGUUUUUUUUCUUUUUUUUUUGGUGCACGACCUGUUAUAUUAGGGAUGGUCAAUUUGGUAGAAAUAUUAUUGUAUCACAGUAUUUAACGAUAUAAUUUUACAAUAAAAUACACAAUAUUUAUCAAACCUCAGUCCAAAUACUCUCUCUUAUAAUUCUUAUAUUUAAUUAUAUUUAUUCAGAAUUAACACUUUUUUUUAAUUUAGACACUUAAAUCGAAUUAAACAGAACUGAUUUGCUUGUAAAAAGCAAAAAGCAUAUUUUGUUUUAAUUCUAUUACGCACUAUUUUAUGUUCUAUUAAGUUACAUUUAGUUAAUAUACAAAAAAUACAUUUUAAAAUGUAAAAUUAGCACAAAUAUAGCCAUGCACAUUUUUCUUAUCGCGAGCAAUAACGUUAAAAACUUCUAUGGGUUAAAUUUCUACAAGUUCUCCUCUCCCAUCUUCAUUUUUACAUUACAAUAUCCCAUAAUGCAAUGUGUGUGUGUUAGUGUGUAUGAAGGUGUGUGCUUUUGUGCACACAGCAGGGCCAAAGCUUUAUAGCCACCUGAUUGGUUCGUGUAUGUGUUGGGCGGAGCUUAAAAAUAAUGUCAGUGAAUAUACACUAUGCAAUGUAUAGAAAAUAAAUCAGCCCUUUUAAAAGUGUGUUUUUAAGAAAGUUCCUGUUUUUAUCUUUUAGUUUUAAGAGUUGAAUGUUUAAAAAUGAAGGUUCCCGCAGGUUUCCUGGUUCCGACAAUUGAUUCGGUUUUUAUUUUAAAAAGAACCUUAAAGACGUUUAAGGAAAUGACUGUAAAUAAGCAUAUUUAAGGACCAAAUCAGGGAAUUCAGACCGUUAGUAUUCAUUUUAUCCGUGCACACUAAUUCUAAAUUAGAAUUAAUUCAUAGAGGGGGCUAGAAUCCCCUCUAUAAAAUUAUUUUAGCAUAGCGUAGCUAUCCAGAUAACUAAUUAGUGCCCAUUCCUCCAUUGCUUAACACAAAUAAAUAGCUACAUAUAGCUAGCUAUUUUACUAAAAUUGGAUAUGCUAUUUAUUAGUUCUCUACUGGUGCACUUGACAGUCCGUUUAAAUAUAAAGUUUAUCUGCUGUUUUGUAGAUUUUAUGCGUAAUUUAUCUACUGAUGGAAUGGGUGCUAAUGUGCUAAAGCUACCGUAUGUAUAUUGCAAAGUAAAUCUCAAUCACACAUAAUAAUCUAAAAUAGUAUUUAUAGUUAUUUAACUUAGUUGUUCUAUGUAACGCAGAUGAUUGGUCUGUUCCAGCCAAGGCUGCCUGUCAAUCAUUUCAUUCCUAUGUUUAGCCCCGCCUCCAGAAAAAAAGUUUAAAACUGAUUUCUUUGGGAAAAUAUGAAUAAAAAAUGGUAAAAAAGCUAAUUGUUGGAAUUGUUGGACACUGGAGUUGUAAAGGCAAUUUAAGAGUUUAAUAAGAUGUAAAAUGGCCGGGGCUAAUUUGUCAUUAAAACAUAUGGGGAUGGGCGGGGCUACAUGGGCUACAUGUCAUACUGCAACCAGCCAGUAGAGGUCAGUGCUUAUAUACAGUCAUUGCAAUAUUAAUAUUAAUUUAAUAUUAAAACUUAAUAAAUCAAUUAUUAUGCAUAAAUUUAGAAUUAAAAAACACAAAUUCUAUAAUUUUUUGACAUUUUUUAGAAGAUUGAAAGUUGUUUUUCUAUGGAAUCAAUGGAAUCGCUCCAAAGAAUAGCCUCUAUUUUUAAGAAUGAAAGACUGAAUGGCUCUGAAAUGCUGCAUUGAACUGAUUAUUGUUAUUAUUAUUAUUAUUAUUGUUAAGUUUAUGAAUUAUUGUUCUUAUUGAAUGUUGAGAUGUGAGUAAAUCUUCUGUAUAAAGCAGAUUUUUGAGUGUUUUAUUGUUUUAAUGACGUUGCAUCAGUGUUUUCUGUUUAAUUUUGUAUAUUAUUUUCUCCCACUCUCCUUCUCCUCCUUCUUUAAAGCUUUAAAACUGAAUGUGUGCUGUAUGUUUGUGAAGAGUUUUUGCGUCCAGAUUUUAAUAGAAAUAAAAGUUCUAGUUUGACCGCA